AUGGGCCUAUCAACCUUAACAACUCUAAAUCGUUUUCAUAUUUUUGUCCUUAUUGGAUGGCAAACAACUAUAUUUUUUGCUUCACAAAUGCUUUUUACAAUUUUUGCAACAUAUACCCCUAGAUGGAAAUGUUUGUCUAAUAAUACAACAACAGAAUUUAAUAGAGAUUGUAAUUUAUAUUUAAAAUGUCCUUCAGAAAACUUAGAAUUUGAACAAUCCCCUUUUUUCUCUGCAACAAUAGAAUUUGAUUGGUUUUGUGGUUAUGGGGCUUAUUAUAGAACUAUUUUUGGUCAAAUUCAAUUUAUUGGUGUACUCUUUGGAACUCUUUUAAUGGCCCCCCUAUCAGACAGAUUUGGUCGAAAACCUGUAGGGCUUACAUGCCUUACUUUUGGUCUUACAUUACUUGCAAUGACUUCUCUUUCACCUACUGGUUAUACACUUCUGGCCAUUCGUUUCAUUGUGGCUAUAUUAAUGGGUGGAAGUAUGGUAGUGAUUGCUACUUAUACAAUGGAAAUUAUUCCUCCAGAACAUCGAAUUACUCUAAGAACUUUUUGUAAUUGGGUAAGAGAUAUGCCUAAAUAUUCCUCAUCUUCUUUCUAG